AUGGCGCCGAGCCGGUCCAAUGUCAGUCUUACAAAGAAGACUGGCAAUAAGCUUCGUCGCAAGUCACUCUAUGUAAAGCAAAAGCAGGAAAAUGAGAAGGAAAAGCGAGCAGAGAGGUUUAGGAGGAAGAAGGAGGAAGCGCAAGACCCUGAGGCGAGGAGAGAGCGUCUCGAAAAGAACAAGCCCAUGACAAUCGACCGGAAACGAGUGUGGGAUGAUGUCGAUGACGAUGGCUUGUACGCGAGUGUCAACAUGGAGCAGCUUCUCAAGAAAAGACGGCAACAACAAGAGGAAUCUGAGGAGCUGGCAGCCAUAGAAGUCAACAAGAGCGCGGAAGACGACGAAGAGGCACACGACGACGAUGUGGAUAGUAUGCUUGGCUCGGAGGACGAAGAGGACGAUGACGAGGAUAGCGAGGCUGCAGCACAGGCUCGUGCAAGAAGAGCCAUAAGGGAAGACAGCAUGGCGCCUUCGACAACUUCCACAAAUCUCGAUCUCACGCCCCAGACGCUCAUCGACAGAUUUCCCACGCUCUUUGAAGCGCCUCCCGAGCCCAAGGUUCUCGUCACCACUGACCUCAACGCGACCAUACACGAAGAAGCCCAAAAGCUGUGCGGCCUCUUUCCAAACUCCACCUAUGUGCCACGCUCAUCUCACAAGUACGGGCACAAGUACAGUGUGCGGGAGAUCAGCAAGUUUGCCGCGAAAAGAGGUUACACUACUGUUGUGGUCGCCCGGGAAGACCUCAAAAGAAUACACGGCAUGGACAUUGUGCAUUUGCCGUCGGGACCAACAUUCCACUUUAGCAUCAGCAACUGGAUCGAUGUCAAAAAGCUUCCUGGUCACGGUAACCCAACAAAUCAUUACCCAGAACUUCUCUUGAACAACUUCAACACGCCUCUAGGUUUCCUGACGGCAACGCUUUUCAAAACGCUGUUUCCGCCGAGUCCUGAACUUCAAGGUCGUCAAGUGGUAACGUUUCACAACCAGCGCGAUUACAUCUUCGUGCGGAGACACAGAUACAUUUUCAGAGAAAAGAAGGCCACUGAGAAGAGUGUCGUUGGUGCUGAUGGCAAGGAGUUGAAGGGAGUCCAGGACAUUAGGGCACCGAUACAAGAGCUCGGCCCUCGAUUCACUUUGAAGUUGCGGCGCAUCGACAAGGGCAUCGGACGUGCAGGCAGUGAAGGAGAUGAUGCGCUUCAAUGGCAAUGGAAGGCGAAGAUGGAGAAGCAAAGGACAAGAUUCAACCUAUAA